GCGGCGACGGCCGCGGGCGCUCAAGCAUGGCGGCAGCGGCGCUGGGCAGCGCGUCGGGAUCCGCGUCCCCGGCCGUGGCCGAGCUGUGCCAGAACACCCCAGAGACCUUUCUGGAGGCCUCCAAGCUGUUGCUCACCUAUGCGGACAACAUCCUCAGAAACCCUAAUGAUGAAAAAUAUAGAUCUAUCCGGAUUGGAAACACAGCUUUUUCUACCAGACUCUUACCUGUCAGAGGAGCCGUUGAAUGUUUAUUUGAAAUGGGCUUUGAAGAGGGAGAAACACAUCUUAUCUUUCCUAAAAAAGCUUCAGUGGAGCAGCUGCAAAAAAUUCGUGACCUGAUUGCCAUAGAGAGAAGUAGCAGAUUGGAUGGAUCAAAUAAGAGUUACAAAGUAGAAUUAUCUCAGCAACCUGCAUCCAGUACCCAGCUUCCUCUAACACAGUCUUCAAAUCCUAGUGGGUUAAUCCAGCAUGCAGGGAACAGUGAAGGACAGUCAUCAAAUCGACCACCUGCUCCAAUGGUUACUACUGAUUCAGUCAUUCUAAAAGUUCUCCGGUCCAACAUUCAGCAUGUGCUGGUCUAUGAGAACCUUGCUCUCCAGGAGAAAGCACUGGCUUGUAUUCCAGUCCAAGAACUAAAAAGGAGAUCUCAAGAAAAGUUAUCUAGAGCUAGAAAAUUGGAUAAAGGUACUAAUGUAAGUGAUGAGGAUUUUCUUCUGCUGGAGCUUUUACACUGGUUUAAGGAAGAAUUUUUUCAAUGGGUGAAUGAUAUUUUGUGCAGCAAAUGUGGUGGCCAGACUAAGUGUAGAGGUGAAUCACUGUUCCCCAAUGAUGAUGAGAUGAAGUGGGGUGCAAACAGAAUAGAAGAUCAUUACUGUGAUGCAUGCCAGUUCAGCAAUCGAUUCCCAAGAUAUAAUAACCCUGAGAAACUUUUGGAAACAAGAUGUGGACGGUGUGGCGAGUGGGCCAAUUGUUUUACACUGUGCUGCCGAGCCUUAGGGUUUGAAGCUCGCUAUGUUUGGGAUUACACAGACCAUGUCUGGACGGAAGUGUACUCUCCUUCUCAGCAGCGGUGGCUGCACUGUGACGCAUGUGAAGAUGUGUGUGAUAAGCCGCUCCUUUAUGAAAUAGGGUGGGGCAAGAAGCUCUCCUAUGUCAUUGCAUUUUCUAAGGAUGAGGUGGUUGAUGUCACUUGGCGAUAUUCUUGUAAACAUGACGAGGUAAUCUCCAGAAGAACUGAGGUUAAAGAAGAAUUACUUCGAGAAACUAUUAAUGGACUUAAUAAGCAGAGGCAAAUAUCUUUGUCAGAAAACAGAAGAAAAGAACUUCUCCAGAGGAUAAUUGUGGAACUUGUUGAAUUUAUAUCUCCCAAAACCCCUAAACCUGGAGAACUUGGUGGAAGAAUAUCCGGGUCGGUGGCUUGGAGAGUAGCCCGAGGUGAAAUGGGUCUAGAGAGAAAAGAAACCCUGUUCAUCCCCUCUGAAAAUGAGAAGAUUUUGAAACAGCUCCACCUUUGUUAUAAUGUUGUGAAAGAUAGUUACGUCCGAGUUUCAAAUAAUAAUCAGACCAUUUCUGGAUGGGAGAAUGGUGUGUGGAAAAUGGAAUCCAUAUUCAGAAAAGUUGAAACAGACUGGAACAUGGUAUAUUUAGCCCGAAGGGAAGGAUCAUCUUAUGCUUAUAUAUCCUGGAAGUUUGAGUGUGGGUCAGUUGGCCUAAAAGUAGAUAGCAUUUCCAUUAGAACAAGUAGUCAAACCUUUCAGACUGGAACAAUACAGUGGAAAUUGCGAUCUGAAACAGCCCAAGUAGAACUGUCAGGCGAUAAAACUCUCCGCUCCUAUCAUGAUUUUUCUGGUGCCACUGAAGUUAUUUUGGAAGCAAAAUUAAGCAGAGGAGAUGGUGUUGUUGCUUGGCAACAUACCCAGCUGUUUAGACAAAGCUUAAAUGACCAUGAAGAAAAUUGUUUGGAGAUAAUUAUAAAAUUCAGUGACCUUUGAGAACCUGAACAUUAUAGAAAAGCUGGCAAUAAUCAAGGACUUACCAUGUUCUAAAGUAGUCUGUUGGUUCAGUUCAGUGCAUGCGUAGUUGGCAAUUUACUACCCUCUGCUAGCGUAUUUCUUUUGCUAGCUAUCUAUCAUGUACCCCUCAUGAAAAUAUAUCUUUAUACUAUGGACCAUAAUGAAACCUUGAAUUAAAAGCUCCCUUCCAUAUGUGACUGUAA